UUACUCUCUUCGUAGUCUUUUUUUACUUGCUGAGAAGAGAUUCAGUAUAUAUAUAGAGAGAGAGCUUUAGUAGUAUUUAGAAAGAAAAGCAAAGAACAGACGAUGGAAGGAUUCAUGGAGCUUGCAUCGCCUGUUAUUCUGGUAGGAGCUGCUACAAUUUUUGUUGCACUUAUUCUGCUAAAAAGCCUUGCAAGUAAUAAGACCUCUCUCCCUGUCCCUCCAGGCCCCAGAGCUCUUCCUGUAAUAGGCCACUUUCAUCUUCUGUUUGAUAAAACCAGGCCAAUUCACCAGAUUCUAGCAACAAUGGCAAAACGCUAUGGACCUGUUAUGCAGGUCAAAUUUGGUAGCAAGCCCGUUUUGGUGAUAAGCUCUGCAGAAUUAGCAAGAGAAUGUUUUACAGUGAAUGACAAGGCUUUGGCAUCAAAACCCGUUCUUUCACAAGGCAAGCAUUUGGGCUACAAUUAUUCUAUGGUUGCUUGGGCUCCUUAUGGCCCCUAUUGGAGAACUGCUAGAAAAGUUUGUGUGGUUGAGCUUCUAUCUCCAAAAAGAAUCCAGUCUUUUGCGCACAAAAGAAUGCAACAACUUCGCAAAGGAGUAAAUUCAAUGUUUCAGCAGGCUCAGCUGGAGAGUAGUGUUAACAUGAAGAGGUUUUUCUCCCAAUUGAAUUUUAAGACUCUCAUGUCUAUGAUCAUAAAUGAGAAGUAUUUUGGAGAGGCCUCAGGGGUUUCAGAAGAUAUUGUAUCUGAGGCGAUUGAAGAGUCCUUUGUGUAUCAUGGAUGUGUCAAUAUUGGGGAUUAUAUUCCCUGGUUGAAGUGGCUUGAUUUGCAAGGGUAUGAGAAGGCUAUGAUAAGAGUACAAGCACAAAUAGACUUGUUUAUGCAGAGAAUAUUGGAGAAGCACAGGGAGAAAGGAUCAAAAGAUGGGGAAGAGAUGGAAGACUUUGUUGAUGUGCUCAUUCAACAGGCAGAUGAGAAUGCCCAAGCAAUUCCUGAUAAAGAUGAAUUCAUUAAGGCAACUACUGGUCUUAUGUUUAGUGCAGGUUCUGAUACACUUUCAGUUGCCAUGGAAUGGGCAUUGUCAUUGUUAUUACAACAUCCACAUGCAAUGAGGAAGGUACAAGAGGAACUUGAUUCUAAAAUUGGACAAAACAGACUAGUGGAGGAUUCAGAUAUACCCCAGCUAAAAUACUUGCAAGCAAUAGUGAGAGAGAGUUUGCGCCUUCACCCAUCAGCACCCUUGCUUUCAGUACAUGAAUCUGUUGAGGCUUGCACAGUGGGAGGCUACCAUAUUGCUGCAGGAACCAUGCUAUUUGUGAAUGCAUGGGCGAUUCAUAGGGACCCAAAAUUGUGGGAUAAACCACUAGAGUUUAUGCCAGAGCGUUUUAUGGACAGGGAGAUAGAUGUAAACAACAUACAAAUGAAAGCUGAUGACUCAGAGAUAAUUCCAUUUGGGGCAGGGAGAAGAGGAUGUCCUGGUGCUGUAUUGGCAAUGAAUAUGGUGCAACUCACUCUCGCAACUUUCUUACAUAGCUUUGAGUGGUCUAUUCCAGCUGGAAAAGUUAUUGACAUGAACGAAGGGGUUGGCUUGACAAUGCCAAGGGUGGUACCUUUGGAGGUUACCGUCAAACCUCGUCUCUCCCAUCAUCUAUACUAGAGAUAGAUCUAGUGUUAAUGCCAUAUUUCUACAAACUC